AUGCCCGACGACAGUCCAUUCCGCCCCUUUACCUUCGUACUUCCAUCGCAGCCCGCACGCGCAUCGCGGUCGCCGUUCCAUCACCCGCCGAUGCAGCUCCGAUUGGGUCACCUCCACCUGCUCGUUCUCACACGCGACGGCCGCGAGCAGCCGCGCGACCAGCGCAGGGUCCUCCCAAACGGCGUCCAACACCUCCGCGUCCCAGUGCUCGUCACCGCGCUGCCAGAACUGGAGAUAUGCAGCGUAACACAUCCGCUCCUCUCCCAGAACCCACCUCGAGCCACCGUAGAACACGCGCGAGCCCCUCCGGAAGAACAUCGUGGGGACUUCGAGGAGCGCGACGUUAUCUUCGUGCGACGGGCGGUGCUCCCAGCGGAAGUCGGUCCCGGGCCCGGCGGGGAGGGUGCGCCCCGAGUACAGCGCGCGGCGGCGCACGGCGUCGGCCAGGUCGAGCAGCCGCGCGCGCACCCCGGCCUGGGCUUCUUCGACAACGGUGCCCAUCACCGACGAGACCGCGUCGUCAGCCAGCCACGGCUGCCAUCUGCCGGGUCGGGGGGUCCGUUUGGGCUUGCGUCUGAUCAGCGCGGAGAGCGCGGGGAGGGCCGCCGCGUCGCUGAAGCUGGGCAGGAGCGCGAUCGGCCGUUUGGCUUCGUCUGCCUCCCAGAAAGGGACUGGCUGUACUGGCGUUCAGCGUCGUGGUACCGGCCGUUGAACGCGCGGCGGAGCUCGAGCGUGGUUUCGGCCGUCCGGUGGGCAUCAAACAUAGCGGUAGUCGAGUUGACGAUGGAAAGAAAGCGCGGAAGGGCGUCCGUCCAGUCUUCCAGCAAUGAGGGAGUGGAGACACGAGGCGAAGCAGGAGGGCGUACUUUGCGGGGAGAUCGGCUCUCUCUGACCCAAGAGUUCCAAGACGACGGAGUAGGGCAACUUGAGGGCCCGCUCGACCGAGUACCUAGGAAGCUCCCUCCAUAUUGUGCACAAAUACGCAAACUACGACAGGAUGGUUCUGCACGGUCAUGCCCCGGCGGUUGCGGGCAUAUUCGUCCAACUUCCACCUUUCGCCCGGCCGUAGAUCGUGUUCGUUGUAUUCCUGCACUGCUUGGCGGAGAAUAUGGGAGUAGAAAUUCCCAGAGCGAGCAGGAAGAACUGGCUUGGGUAUUUUUACACGCGCUGAGAAUAUUGAAAUGGUCAGAUGAACGCAUUCCGUACCGAAGUCAAGAAAUACACCGACUAGCACCGGGAACACCGUUGGCAACCGGAAUAAGGACAUGCAACUCGUUCGAGCACCGUCUGCUGAGGAACACGACAAGAGGGCGUAAGAAAAAGCAAUACCGCACGCCCGAGGCGAAGUCCGGCGUAUCAGCGCAUUCGGGCGUCUCGCACAUCUGCUCGCGCGAGAUGGUCAGCACGUGGGUCAAUCCGUUUCAACGAGAGAACGCUCGCCUGACAAAACUGCUCGAAAAGCAGCGAGGCGUACACGGUUUCGCGCAUUUCCGCGGGGCACGGAGGCGGUGGUAUCGGGAAGAUGUUCCGGCGUGCAUCUGCCCACAUCUCGCGGAGCAGUUUGGAGCAGCGAGAGAGCUGAAGAAGGUCAAGAGGGACCAGAAGGGAGAGUAUCUACACAGGGAACAGAUUUAG